AAGCUCUGCCAUCACAUCCUCUGCAGUCAGUGACGCUGUAUGACCCAAACGACCCCACAGACCAGGAUCCCUCCGAUCCAGAGGAGCACGAUGGCAGCAACGUUUCCUGUCCAUCAUCACCUCCUUUGCCCUCGCCAUCCUACCACCCACCCCUCUCUGAGAGCAGCGAUGGAGACCCGGACAGUGACUGGAUUGAACAUAGGCGGACUCUGAGACCUCUGAGGAGGAAGAAGCGUAGCCGUCCGGCGCUCAGUGUCACAAGCAACCGGAGGCGCUCGAGUCUGGCUCAGAGCUUCAGCUGCCACGUGUGUGACCGGGCACUGCAAGGGAAAGGCUUCCUACUCAAACACGUCCUGCACACCUGUGCCAGCAACCCAGACUUUCGCUGCGGUUACUGUGGGGAGUGCCUGGACUCUGCCGAUGGCCUGAAGGCUCAUCUGCAGAUGCACCAGGACAAAAGCAAAACAUGCUCCUUCUGCGGGAAAACCUUCCAUUCCAUCCUGGCCCAGGAAAUGCAUGUGCGGUUGCACACAGGAGAGAAACCGUACAGCUGCAACUUCUGCGGCAAGAAGUUCAGUCAGAAGGGCAACCUGACGUCACACCUGCGUGUCCACGCAGAAGAGAAAGCCUUCAAAUGUAAAGAGUGCAGCCGUGCCUUCUGUCACAUGAGCUCUUUGGAGCGCCACAUGGAGGAGCACAGGAGCUCAGCAGUGCACACCUGCAGUGUCUGCGGUGAGGAGUUCAGUAAACGGAACAGUCUGCGGCAACACAUGGCAACUCAUCAGAAGAACGACAGCCUCAGAAUUAAGACGAACCGCACUUCAAUACCGUCCUUCCGCUGCAAAGUUUGCAGUGACACCUUUGAUAGGAAGACCCUGUUAGUGAAACACGUGGCGACUCACCUGCAAGACACGGACUGCCGCUGUGGACUCUGCGGACACCAUUAUGAGUCCUCUGACAGCCUUGAUGCCCACCUGCGCUCUCACCGUGAGGCUGGCGGCACCUGCAGCAUCUGCGGGAAGUGCUUCCCGGGCCAAUCGGCGCUGCAGAUGCACCUGAGGAUCCACACUGGGGAGAAACCCUACAGCUGCAGCUUCUGUGGGAAGGCUUUCAACCAGAGUGGCAACCUGAAGACACACCUGAAAAUCCACACGGGUGAGCGGGCGUUCUCCUGCAGCCUGUGUGGGAAAGGCUUCACCCAAAAACAGACCCUGGACACACAUGUCCGCUUUCACAACAAGGAGCGCCGCUUCCUGUGCCAGGUAUGUGGGAAGGGCUUCAUGCAGGAUGUGGACCUUAAGAGACAUAUGCUGAUCCAUACCGGGGAGAAACCAUACACCUGUAGGGUCUGUGGGAAAAGUUUCCAGGCCAAACGCUCGCUUAAUGGGCACCUUAAAGUGCAUUUAGCUGGCCAGGAGGACUCGAGGCCAGAGCCGCAGAGGACAGCAGAGGACAGCUUCUACUCAGGAUUCACGCAGUUGUAGUACCACAGCACCUCCCCAUUAUUCAUAAUAGCACAGAACACUACAGUUGACAGGAAGUUUCUGACAAAAUGGAAUCUCUAUAAAGUUGGUCAUGUUUUCAUAAUGGUAGUGGUACCACCUUCACUGACUGUACUCCUGUCGUGUCCACCUGUCUCCCUCUCAUUCACACACAUGCAUUUUGUUUUCCUCUUACUGGCUCCUCUUUUCUCCAGAGCAUACCUCCACCUCUCCAUGCUCUCCUCCACCUACUCACUACAGAUCACGGCGUCAUCUGUAAACAUCGCAGUCCACAGACCUUAUCUCUCAGUUGGUCCUUCACCACAGUAAACAAGAGGGGCUCAGAGCAUACCUGAUGUAAUCCCACCUCCACCUUUAACCGCCCUGUCACUCCUACCACUCAAUUCACCACUGUCUCUGUCCUCAUACAUGUCCUGCACCACCAUCACAGACUUCUCUGCCACUCCUUACUUACCGCAGUUCCUCUCUGAACUGCUAAUCAUCUGAUCCCUCUGACCCACAAAGACACAGUGAAGCUCCUUUUGACCUUCUUUAAACUUCCUCAUCAACACUCUCAAGGCAAACAUCACAUUCACUAACUGUCAUCCUUUCUCAUUUUCUUCAUUCAUCAUCUCCUCCAUGUACUGCUUACAUCACAUCACACCCUCUUCACUUGUUAUUACAUUUCAGUCCUUGAAACAGCUUGGUCUCUAUGUCUAACCAGUCUCCUUCCUUGGUGUCCAGUCUCACAUACAGGUCACAAUAAGCUUUUUCUACCAUUGCUGUCCACUGAGCCUGUGUACUUCUGUCUACUUUUUUCAAUCAUACCACUUUUUCUUUGCUAACCUCUCCUGUAGUUCCUCAUUCCUCCACUAAGUCUCCUUGUCCUCUUUCCUCUCACUACUCAGUCCUCUGUUAACUCUACCUGCCACCGAAAGCUUGUUUCACCUCCUCUGUGAACUCUGUACAACAUUUAUUUUUCUACAACUUCCACCAUUUAAUCUUUGCCCCUACCUUUGCUCAAUUCCACUGCUUUUUUUUUAACUUUAUUUUUUUUCUUUAGAAAUACACAGUGCAUCUUGCUCCUUUAUACAUGCGCAUAUAUACACACAUACUGUACACAUACACCCACACCUACAUACAUAUACACACACCUUCAAAUACCUACAUACAUACAAACUUUGCAUAUUGUUGUAUGUGUCUACACAAGUGCCCAUUCAGCACAAAAUGGAGAAAAGUCCAGUUGAGCACUAAACAAGGUCCAGGAAAUAAAGUUAAAUGAAAAGAGAUUGAGAUGGGAAAAUCAUUUUGUAUGACCAUAUCUUUGAAAUUUUUCUUUACAGAGUCUUAGAGAAAAGGUAAAUGUUUUCCAUUUCAAAAAUAUCUUUUACCUUUUUAAUCGUCGUUUUCUCUCUCCAAUAAGAUUUAAUAGCAGGACAGGUCCAGAAUAUGUGAUAGUGAUCAGCCAUGGUGUUGCCACAUUGUCCCCAGCAGUUACUAGAUUCAGGUUUGCUAUUCUGAAGUGGUUUAUUUUUAGGGUUAAUGAAAAAUCUAAUGUUAUUCUUCCAGGAAUAUUCCCUCCAAAGAGGGGACCUUGACGUGCUAUUGUUUGUCUUCUUUCUCCCAUUGGGUCUUAACAUAUUGGGUGUAGUGCUUCCUGAAUGAUUGUAAAUAUGAAUACAGUUUAGAGAUCAGCCUUUUAUGUACUUUACCUUUCUAGGUGUUCACAAAUAUGUCAAUGAGGCACCCACUCCCUUACAACUUUAUUAUUUUUAGUGUACACGUGUUUUUCCUGUAGGCUUAUAUCACCCAAUAAAGACUGUAAAACCUGUCUAAUUGGAUAAGUACUGAAGCUGUAAUCGUAAUUGUCCUCCAGGUUAGGUAAAGACAAUCUACCUUGGUCUUUUGGUAACUGUAGAGUCUCAAGUUGUACCCUGGGUUUUUAUCUCGCCAAAUAAGUUGUGAGAUCAUUCUUUUCCACUCAUUAAGUUGUUUCGGGGGAAUUUCAAUUGGCAGGGACUGAAAAAGAAACAACACACGUGGUAAAAUUGUGAAGAAGAAAAUGGUCACAAUUUCUAUUCUGCCAUACAGACAAACUGUCAAUCCCAUCUUCCUGAGUCCACUUUUAUAUUUUGUGUGAUAGCGUUAUAAUUUAAGUUAUAAAUUUCUGUCAAAUCCUUUGUUGUGGUGACUCCAAGAUACGUCAGUUUGUUAGUAUUCCAUUUGAAAUUAUGCAUUUUACGUAUGUUUUCUUUUGGUACAUAGAUGUAAGUUAGAGUUUGGGUUUUUUGCAUAUUUAAUUUGCAACCUGAGUAUUGGCUAAAUUGUUUAAGACGAGUCAUCAAUUUAGGGAGGCUAGAGUCCGGAUUGGACAAGGUCAAAAGUACAUCAUCUGUAUAUAAGCAUAUUUUAUACUCCACUCCUCGAUUUCCUUGUCUUCUCUAAUCUAUUGAACCAGGGCUCUAUAAAGAGUACAGACAAAGUAAAGCUUAGGGGACUCCCCUGAAGACAUCCUCUCUCAAGCGUAAUAGUCGUAGACAGAUUUCCAUUAUUUUUUAUCUGGGCAGUUGGACGACUGUACAGAAACAACCUAUGAUCUGUUCUUUGAAUUCAAAUGGUUUUAGUACUAAGAGAUUCAGGAUUUUGAUUUUUUGAUAAGUUUGAGGAGUCCAAGGUAGGGUGUAAUUGUACAUUUCAGUCUCCACCACAUAUCAGAACACCUGAUGUCUCUGUAGCAACUAAAUCAAACAUGGUCCUUAAUAAUGAUUUGUGUUGUCCAGGAGGUCUGUAGAUGUUAAGUAGCAUCACUACUUUAGAGUCUAGAAUUCCUUUUACCAAAUUAUAUAGUCCUUCCUCAGCUGGAAGGAAUUUGUUUUAAAAUUAGAAUUGCAACUCCCCUAUUGGGUCCCUUUGUGUUUGAUAAAUAAAAUAUGUAUUUCAAUCUGGGGUGUUUAGGUUUUUGUGCCCUUUUUUGGUAAAGCGGGUCUCCUGCCAAAGAAUUAUAUGAUGGUUUUCCUCUUUCAUUCCAGCAAUAAGUUUACAUCUUUUAACUGGGUUUUGUAACUCAUUGACAUUAAGUGUUAGUAAACUAUACUGCUGAAAGGACAAGCCUUGUAUAAGAAACAGCAUUUACAUUGUAAACCUUGGGUGACAAAAAACACAACACACAUCUGACAAAACUUGGAACUUUAACUGAAAUAGAACAAAUGAGAGAAUGGUGGUUUCUACUCAAAAUCAGAAUUUCCCAAAAACCUUUUGGAGAGGAAAGCUCUUGCAUUACGAGGGGCCUCUCCUCGGUAAGGUUAUGAAUAAUCAAAGUAUUACAAAGUAGUUAGUAGUCAAAAUAAACAGGAAAACAAGCUCCCAGAACAGUGGCUUAUUCUCCAAGUUCUCUAAGGCAGACAUUUGUAACUUCCAGUGUAAAAUUAA